AUGGCAAAUCGAACAGUAAAGGAUGCUGUUACCAUAAAAGGGACCAAUCCUCAGUAUCUAGUGGAGAAGAUUAUCAGAACUCGAAUCUAUGAUUCUCUUUACUGGAAGGAACAUUGUUUUGCUCUUACAGCUGAACAUGUUGUAGAUAAGGGUGCUGAUCUGCGUUAUAUUGGUGGAGUUUAUGCUGGCAACGUUAAACCAACACCGUUUUUAUGCUUGAUAUUGAAGUUGUUACAGCUACAACCUGAUAAAGAUGUUAUUCUUGAGUUUUUGAAGCAAAAGGACUUCAAGUAAGUUGCUUAUGGGUUUAUCUGAUGUAACACUAUAGGAUGUUAAUAUUAUUGCCUAUAUAUUUGAGAAGGAGCUUGAGUAAUAAAUUUUACGUGUUUCAGGUAUUUAAGAGCAUUAGCAGCCAUGUAUAUCCGACUAACGUUCAAUUCUGUUGAAAUAUUUACAUUACUGGAGCCAUUAUACGCAGAUUAUCGGAAGUUAAGGUACAUGAACAGAAUGGGCCGUAAGUUUUUAAAUAAAGAGAAAUUACUCUAUGUGAGUUUUAUUAUGUAAAGUUAUUGUGUUGUUCAACUUUAUAUUUUUAGAGUUUGAACUGAUUCACAUGGACGAAUUCAUUGAUAGCUUGUUACGAGAAGAUAGUUACUGCGACAUACAGCUUCCUCGACUUCAGGUAACUUUACUUUGUAAUAUUGAUUAAUUUUUAGAAACGACAAGCAUUGGAAGAGUCGAAUCAGAUAGAUCCGUAUGUCUCAUCAUUGGAUGAAGACUUGGACAAUUUGUCGGAAAGUGAAAGCGAUGAGGAGCCCAAAGAGAAACCUAAGGUAUACAUUUUUAACUCAAUUUGUCUAAAUCAACUUUUGUUGCAUCAAGUUAAAGGUUAUAUUUUUUAUUAUCUAAAUUUUGCUUUUUUAUUGAAUAAUCUUGUAGCCUCUCACACGACGAAGAAACAGAAGCAGAUCACGAUCAGUGUCGCGAGAAAGAGAUAGAAGGCGUGGAGAGGAUGACAGAGAUCGUCGACGACGUCACGACUCUCCAGAAUACUCUCGCCGUGACAGAGAACGUGCCAGAGAAAAGGAACGUGAACGUGAGAAGGAAAGAAAGUCCAGGAAGAAGGACAAGACCAAAGACGAUGAGGAACGAGAAAUCGAAGAAUCAAAUGCCCUCAGGGCCAAGCUUGGGCUGGCUCCUUUGGAACGUUGA